AUCCGCAUUUAGACCAAUCAGCAUGGAGACCACCGGCCGCAAGCGAUCUGCCCUGUUGUUACAAAUCUGGCAAUAGAGACAAAGGCACAACUUUGCUGCGACACAAUCUAAAUACGAGGUGUUUUGCAUAAAUGCAAAGUUAUACAAUAACAGAGACUUAAACCUGAGACACCGCUUUGCACGCGAGAUCUGGUGCAAACUUAUAAGAGCAGCUCAUUGUAAAGCUAAAGGCUUCUCUCCUCCAUCCUGGUGCAGAAUUAGAGACUGCAGGCAACGAGAAAUGGCAGAGAAGACAGCACUGAUUGUUUAUGCCCACCAGAGUCCCGCCUCAUUCAACGCUGCUGCACGGGAUGUAGCGGUUCAGGCUCUGACAAAGCAAGGCUAUAAAGUCCUAGUGUCGGAUCUGUAUGCUAUGAACUUCAAGGCCUCAGCAACUGCAGAGGAUAUUAAGGGUGAUCUGAAGAAUCCUGAGCACUUUAUAUACAAUGAUGAGAUGAUGGUUGCAUGGCAGGACGGUCGUUUAAGUGAUGACAUUGCAGAAGAACAGCAUAAGUUGGAGCAGGCAGAGCUGGUUAUCUUUCAGUUCCCUCUCUACUGGUUUACUAUACCUGCCAUUAUGAAGGGCUGGAUAGACCGAGUCCUAACUCAAGGAUUUGCCUUCACCCUGCAGAAGAUGUAUGACAAUGGCAUUUUCAAGGAUAAGAAGGCCAUACUUUCAUUCACCACUGGGGGAAUGGAGUCCAUGUUUAAGCCUGAUGGUGUUCAUGGAGACAUCAAUGUUGCCCUCUGGCCUUUACAGAAUGGGGUGCUGCGUUUCUGCGGGUUUCAGGUCCUCGCCCCCCAGAUCUUCUGGUGUCCAGCACACACCCCUCCAGAUGCCAGAAAUGCCAUGUUAGAGGCAUGGAGGGAAAGGCUGAAUGGUGCAUUUGCUGAAAAGCCUCUUUCAUUUGCUCCGACCAAAUACUUUGACCUCACCUUUCAAGGAGGAUUUUGCCUUCGGCCAGAGGUGAAAGAGAAGUAUGCCUCUGAGUCCUAUGGCAUUACCACGGCACAACAUUUAGGCAAACCGCUUCCUCCAGACAACCAGAUCAAAGCUAAAGGAUCCAGUCACACAAGAUAAUCAUUCAAGGAAUUAGUAUGAGGAAUUUUUAGCAGAAUGAAGGAGUUUUAGGUUAAAUUAACUUUAUUCUGAUUAUAACAUCAGCCUUAUACCAUAAUCAACAUUUACCUACCAGCAAUAAGCAAGAAAGAACCGAAUGUGACCAUUUAAAUACUUAAGAAAUAUCUUGGUAUAUUUUCAUGGAUAGCUAUACUCAUGUUGGUGUCUUAGUGAAGUAAUUUAUCAAAUUCUUUAAUGAUACUAAUUUGUGGAUGUGGAUGUUAUAUGAUAUAGCCUAUAUGGAUAUUAAAAUUUGUGCAUUUUAAUGAGUUCAACUCAUAGGCUACUCAUGUUCAAGAUGCAUGUUCGAUUUUAAUUAUAAUCAAAAAAUAAAUAUAUGACACUACUA